AUGGCAGCGGCUAUCGCCAGCUCGCUGAUCCGGCAGAAGCGGCAAGCGAGGGAGUCCAACAGCGACCGGGUGUCCGCCUCCAAGCGCCGCUCCAGCCCCAGCAAGGACGGGCGCUCCCUAUGCGAGAGGCAUGUGCUGGGGGUCUUCAGCAAAGUGCGCUUCUGCAGCGGCAGGAAAAGGCCGGUGAGGAGGAGACCGGAACCCCAGCUGAAAGGAAUUGUGACAAGGUUAUUCAGCCAGCAGGAAUACUUCCUGCAGAUGCACCCAGAUGGUACAAUUGAUGGGACCAAGGACGAAAACAGUGACUACACCCUUUUCAAUCUAAUUCCUGUGGGUCUUCGUGUGGUGGCAAUCCAAGGGGUGAAGGCAGGUCUGUACGUUGCCAUGAACGCUGAGGGAUAUCUCUACAGCUCAGAUGUUUUCACACCAGAGUGCAAAUUUAAAGAAUCUGUCUUUGAAAACUACUAUGUUAUUUAUUCUUCCACGCUGUACCGGCAGCAAGAAUCCGGACGAGCGUGGUUCCUGGGACUCAAUAAAGAAGGUCAAAUUAUGAAGGGAAACCGAGUGAAAAAAACCAAACCCUCAUCACAUUUUGUACCCAAACCCAUUGAAGUGUGCAUGUACAGAGAGCCAUCGCUGCAUGAAAUUGGAGAAAAACAAGGACGCUCAAGGAAAAGUUCAGGGACACCAACCAUGAAUGGAGGCAAAGUCGUUAACCAAGACUCGACAUAG